AAGAAGUGAAAGAACAAGCAGCUACCCUUAUUUUCCCUGGAUAUUUUCUCCAAAGCAGCAGUCGAGCUAGCUACUUUCUCAAUUAAGAAUAUAGUCAAUAAUUGAAUUCUAUUUGUGCAGUGUGUAAUAGCAAAAUGUCCUACCGUUUGAAAGCAACCAAAUGUCCCACAGACGAAUUGUCGGUGACAAACAAGGCUAUCGUUAAUAUUAACGAUUUUCCCGAGGAUGUUAAGUAUGCCGACAUAUCGCCUGGUCCGGGACAACAUUACAUAUUUUCACUUUUGCAUACCAACGAAGUGGCACGCGGUCAUGUUGGAUUUUCGUUAGUGCAACGAAAAUGGGCCACACUAUCCAUCAAUCAGGAUAUUGAUGUGAGACCGUAUCGUUUUGAUGCCAAUUCCGAUGUGAUAACACUGGUCUCCUUCGAAACGGACUUUUUGCAGAAGAAAAUUACCUCCCAGGAACCUUAUGACUCCGACCAGAUGGCUAAAGAAUUCUUGAUGCAAUUUGCUGGCAUGCCAUUAACUGUUGGUCAGACCUUGGUCUUCGACUUUCAGGGCAAAAAGCUGUUGGGACUUGCUGUUAAAACUUUAGAAGCUGUGGAUCCCAAAACUCUCGGCGAAGGCAAAGACGCGGCCACUAAAAAUGUACGCUUCGGUCGUAUACUGGGCAAUACAAUAGUGCAAUUUGAGAAAGCCGAGAAUUCCUCGCUCAACUUGCAAGGCAAGUCCAAAGGAAAAAUUGUACGUCAAUCGAUCAUCAAUCCCGAUUGGGAUUUCGGCAAGAUGGGCAUCGGUGGUUUGGAUAAGGAAUUCAAUGCAAUCUUCCGACGUGCUUUCGCAUCACGUGUCUUCCCACCCGAACUUGUGGAGCAGUUGGGCUGCAAACACGUUAAGGGUAUACUCUUAUAUGGUCCACCCGGUACUGGUAAAACACUGAUGGCACGUCAAAUUGGCACAAUGUUGAAUGCGCGUGAACCGAAAAUUGUUAAUGGCCCGCAAAUUCUGGAUAAAUAUGUGGGCGAGUCAGAGGCAAAUAUACGACGUUUGUUCGCUGAGGCUGAGGAAGAGGAGAAACGGCUUGGUCCCAACAGCGGUUUGCAUAUCAUAAUUUUCGAUGAAAUCGAUGCGAUUUGCAAAGCGCGUGGCUCUGUUGCUGGCAAUAGUGGCGUACACGACACAGUGGUCAAUCAAUUGCUCGCCAAAAUUGAUGGUGUCGAACAGUUGAACAACAUAUUGGUGAUCGGCAUGACAAACAGACGUGACAUGAUUGACGAAGCUCUAUUGCGACCCGGUCGCUUAGAGGUGCAAAUGGAGAUCAGUUUGCCCAACGAAGAGGGACGUGUGCAAAUUCUAAAUAUACAUACGAAGCGUAUGCGUGAAUUUAAUAAGAUUGCCGGCGAUGUUGACUCGAAGGAAAUUGCCACGUUAACGAAGAACUUUAGUGGUGCCGAGCUGGAGGGUUUGGUGCGUGCAGCACAAUCUACUGCAAUGAAUCGUUUAAUUAAAGCCGACGCAAAGGUGCAUGUCGAUCCACAAGCAAUGGAGAAGCUCAAGGUGACACGCUCCGAUUUCAUGCAUGCGCUAGAGAAUGACAUCAAACCGGCCUUCGGUACAGCGCAGGAAAUUUUAGACAACAUGCUAUCACGCGGCAUCAUCAACUGGGGUCAACCGGUGGCCAGUCUACUGGAAGACGGCAUGCUUUAUGUGCAACAGGCCAAGGCAACCGAAAGCUCUGGCUUGGUGUCGGUGCUCAUUGAGGGCUCACCCAAUUCGGGCAAAACCGCGCUGGCUGCUAAAUUAGCUAAAAUGUCCGAUUUUCCUUUCGUUAAAGUGUGCUCACCCGAAGACAUGGUCGGCUAUACCGAAUCGGCCAAAUGCUUACACAUUCGAAAGAUAUUCGACGAUGCCUACCGUUCCACUUUAAGCUGCAUUGUUGUCGACAAUGUCGAGCGUUUGUUGGACUACGGUUCAAUUGGUCCACGCUAUUCUAAUUUGACACUGCAAGCGUUGUUGGUUUUAUUGAAGAAGCAGCCGCCAAAGGGACGAAAAUUGCUCAUUUUGGUUACUUCAAGCAGACGUGCCGUUUUGGAGGAAAUGGAAAUGUUGACGGCGUUCACUUCCAUUUUGCAUGUACCGAAUCUGUCGAACCCGGAGCAUGUGCUAGCCGUGCUCGAACAUGCCGAGAUAUUCAGCAAGGGUGAAUUACAGGCUAUUGGCAAGAAGAUGGCGGGCAAAAAGAUAUUCAUUGGUAUUAAAACAUUGCUCGGUUUGAUCGAUAUGGCGAGACAAACGGAACCACAGCAUAGAGCCAUUAAAUUCCUCUCCAAAAUGGAAGAAGAAAAUUUUCUAGGAUUGGCCAAGGAUCAGUAACUAGUACGAAAGGAAUUCAAUAUGUCGAUAGUGGAGCUUAAGGACGUUUUCUGAGCAUAAAGACAACAUUAAAUAUGUUAAAAGUAAAACAAAAAACACUAACAAAAUGCAUAUAUACAGUUAUAAAAACGAAACAUUAAAUUAACAUAAAAUUAAACAAAUUAUUACAAAUUAUAUAUUAUUAUGCUAAACAGUUGCAAAAAUAUGCAGAUAAAAUAAUUAAUGAAAUGUAUUGCAACAAUUGUUGACCAACAACAACGCUGCUGGUGGGCGGUUAUCGUGUGAGCCAUACAUGAGCAAAUAGAGCGCGGGUGUAUAAGCGAGUAUAGCUCGGUUAGCAUGAAUUAUAUAGUAUUGAUUUGUAGGCUUUUUAACAUACAGAUGGUAAACAAUAAUAAAGUUAUUAAAUGCUAAUAUUUGGCACAAGGAACAGCGGUUUAUAUGUGAUUGAUUUAUAGUUGUUAAAUAAGCAAAUAUUGAAAGUGAACAAAAAAUCUAAUUAAUUAAUUAAUAAAUUAGCACAUAGAACCUUUUAUUGCAAACAUUAUCUUCACUAAACACGCCAACACACUUCAUUUAACAUAACCUACAAUUCUAGAAGUCAUUAGCUUUGCUUCGUGUAAACCGUCCUGGUAACAAUUGGCGCUCUGCUAUUUUCUUUUUAAUGUCUAUGUGAUUAUGUUUGCAUAAAUAAUGAGAAAUACUUAUUAGAAUUCCUACAUUCCAUACAAAAAUAUUUAAAUGCUAGCAUAAUUGUAGUACAAUUUGACAUACACAUGCAUUAACUGUAUAAUUACAAUUUCGCUGGAUCAGUUAUGGAUCAAUGCGUGGCUGGCUGGCCUAACAAACUAAAAUAACAGUUGCAAGUACUUAGGUUAGACUAAACUAAUCUAACCUACAUCUUCACAACAGUCACAAGACCAAUACAAAACAACUCGAAAUUAAUUUAUUGAACAAAAAGAAAUUGGUAUUAAUAAAAUUGUCCAUAUUAUAUUAGCUAAUUUGCUUUUUCAUAAAAAUAUAUAAAAUGUCUAAUUAUGGUGCAAGGCCCGCAAAAAACUUAACUUCAAUUAAUAGCAUUAAGAAAAUCAACGACACAUUGUAGUAAAAUUGCUAAUAUUAUUCAUUAAAAUUAUUAAUAGUGUGUAAAUAUAAUUUUUAUUGUUAUUAUAGCUCGCGUACUGGAUGAAACGUUAGAAUUACAUAGCUACUAAUUUUUGUUUGCUUGCACUUAAAAUACAACUGUUUAAUCAAAUAUGAAUUUCAAAGGUGAAAAUAUAUGAAAUGCAACAUUAAGAGAGAAAAAAAAAUGAAAAAAAACGAAAUUGGCAUAUUUUAGGAGUCUAAUGUCAUCCUAAUGUUAGCUCUCUCAUGAGUUUUUUCAUGGGACAUUUUGUUUUUUAUAAAAAUUCAUGUAUUAUAAAAACGUUGAAGCUGCGAAAAUAUCCAACGUUUAACUAUAAACAAGUUGGUUACACAAAACGUUCGAAAAAUAAGCGUGAAAUACAAGAAAUUAAAUUAGAAUAAUUAAUUUC